AUGAAGAUGCAGCCCAGCUGCAGGCGGAACAGCAGGUGCCUCCGAGUUCUGACACAGGAGCAUCACCUCUCAGGAGGGGCCAGUCUCAGAUGCGGAGUAGCCCUCCCCCCACUUGGAACUGACAGCCUGACGUUUGCAUUUCAGCUGCUGGAGGAUGAACAGCUAAAACUCCUGGGGGUCAUCCAGAGCUGCCAGGCAGCUGAGCUCCGAACCCUGAAGUGCUCCAAGCAGGAGACGGCCAAAGCCAUUCUGGACAUCUUGCGGCCCUUGGAGCACUCCAGGGUUCGGAGCCCCCUGACCCUGGCCCUUGCCUUGGAGGCCCUCCUCCAGCUAAGUACUAUGCACCCCAAAUUCAGCAGUGAUAUGCUCAGUUUGAUCCUCCAUAGGACCUUGGAGGCAGUACUGGAGGGCCCAGAAAUGGAGGAGGACCGAGAGAAUCUCAAGCAGCACUACCGGCUCCUUCUGGGAAGUCUCCUCAUAGCAGCGCCUAAUCCUGGCACCCUCCUCCAACUUCUAACUGACCUCCGAGGAUAUGCCCUGGGGGAAAGCGGCGAGGCUCAGGAAUUAGCGGCCAGAAGCAUUUCAUUGCUCCUCAACAUUGCCCGCAAUUACCCCCGCCUUAGAAUGACGGUUAUUCGGCCGGACCUGGCCUGCUUCCGGCUGAAGCCUAAAGAAGACGACAUCUUCAUUGAAGAAAUAUAG